GCGUAGCUCGAAUUUCAUGGGCUGCGGGAGCUGCCUCAGCUUCCACAAAGGAUUUCUUGGUAUUACAGCUGCCUGCAUUCUGGCUCUCUCCACGCCUGCAACCGCCGAGACCUGUGAAGCUCUACCUGGAACUGCACCGAUUUUGCUCCAGUGGUCUCUGCGCACUAGCACGGAGCAGAACUUCACGCUGAAUGCCACGGACAAGCCGGCCAACAAUGCCGCACGAGCCAAGCAG